CUCAAGUCUUGCACGUGCGACCCUUGCAUGUGACAGCGGAGCUCGGCAGAAGGCAGCAUCGGCAAGGUGACGCAGAGCAGCGCAAUGGGGGAGAGAGGCUCGCGUAGACAGGAUCAGUGUACGAGCAAAAAGAACUUGUUCUGCUGUCGUUGGGGGACCACCGCGCGCGCCCCCAUUGCAUCACGCACCCAUUCUUCUCCGCCAACAAUGAAUUGACCGCAGCAAUCCCGAAGUGACACCCCAGAGAUCAUCGUCGCCCAAUUCAUCAUCACGCCGUAACGGUGGAGCUGACUGCGGUGGAGCGCUCGGAGGAGCCAGACCACUUCCCGAGUCGCAUAUACCACUCCUCUCGCUCUUUCUGCUCCCCUUUCUUUGAGGCAUAGAGGAUGGCAGCCCGGAGUCGAGGACGCACGUUGCUGCGCUAUGCUGGCGCAGCCGCCGGUGUUGGUGCCGUCGGCGCCGGCACGCUCUACUUCGUCUACCGACCUCGAGACGUGCCCGGCCUAGAAGCUGCGGCUGUACCACCACCGACAUAUGGCGAGGGAGGAGUCUUCCGCCCACCAAACUUCCCACGUGUGAAGAGCAGGAGCGAGCAGAUUGAUGAUCUGAAAGCCAGCGCGGGUGCUGCAUUCACCCAGGCCAAGAACAAGGUCAAGGAAGCUUUGGGGCAAGAGCUGCAGACAAACAGCGAAGGCGGCUCAGAGUAUGAUCUUCUGGUCGUCGGGGGCGGUGCUACUGGAACUGGUAUCGCGCUGGAUGCUGCCUCCCGAGGACUGAAGGUCGCGCUGGUCGAAAAGGAUGAUUUCGCUGCGGGGACAAGCAGUAAGAGUACCAAGCUUGUCCACGGAGGUGUGCGGUAUCUCGAAAAGGCUGUCUUCGAACUGGACUACAAUCAAUACAAACUGGUCAAGGAAGCUCUCCGCGAGCGAAGAUACUUCCUCGACACUGCUCCUCAUCUGUCGCAAUGGCUCCCGAUCAUGAUUCCCGUCAACAAGUGGUGGCAAGCACCGUACUUCUGGGCUGGAACCAAGUUCUACGAUUUCCUCGCUGGCUCCGAAAACAUUGAAACCUCGUACUUCUUGACCAAGAGUAAGGCGCUCGACGCUUUCCCCAUGCUUAAGAGGGAGAACCUCUGGGGUGCUCUGGUCUACUACGAUGGCGCACACAACGAUUCUCGCAUGAACAUCUCGCUGGCUAUGACUGCUGCCCUGUACGGAGCUACUCUUGUGAACCACAUGGAGGUCACUGGCCUCGAAAAGGAUGCCAAUGGCAAGCUUUGUGGCGCAAGAGUCAAGGAUCUCGUUCAGGACAAGGAUGGCAAGACUCCAGAGGAAUUCUCGAUCAAGGCAAAGGGCGUCAUCAACGCUACUGGUCCCUUCACCGAUUCUCUUCGCAAGAUGGACGACCAGCAAGUUCCUGAAAUCGUUGCUCCAAGCUCUGGUGUUCACGUCAUUCUGCCCGGAUACUACUCGCCUUCAAAUAUGGGUCUCAUCGAUCCUCGCACCUCUGACGGCCGUGUGAUCUUCUUCUUGCCAUGGCAAGGAAACACUAUUGCCGGUACCACCGAUGCGCCUUGCCCAAUCGAGCCCAACCCAGUUGCACAGGAGAAUGAGAUCGACUGGAUCUUGAAGGAAGUCCAGAACUACCUGCAGCCUGAGAUCAAUGUUCGCCGCGGUGAUGUUCUUGCCGCCUGGUCUGGUAUUCGUCCACUCGUCCGCGAUCCCAACAAGGCCAAGUCUGAGGGUCUUGUCCGCAACCAUCUGGUCACUACUUCUGAAUCUGGCUUGCUUACCAUCUCUGGUGGCAAAUGGACCACGUACCGUCAAAUGGCUGAGGAGGCUGUCGAUGAAGCCAUCACGCAAUUCGGCCUCAAGCCAAAGGGCGUUGCCAACCCGCCUCUGGUCUCUGGCGUGGAAGGCUUCCAUGAGAACCUCGAACUUGAUGGAGGUUGCAAAACGCACGCUCUUCGCUUGAUUGGUGCUCACGGCUUCUCCAAGACUCUCUUCAUCAACGUCAUUCAGCACUACGGCCUCGAGACUGAAGUCGCCAAGCACUUGUGCAUCGACUACGGUGACAGAGCCUGGACCGUCGCUGCCCUCUGCGCCCCUACCGAGAACCGCUUCCCUGUCCGAGGUACCCGCAUCUCUGAGCUAUACCCAUACGUCGAUGGCGAAAUUCGUUACGCCGUACGCCACGAGUACGCCCAAUCCGCCGUCGAUGUGCUCGCACGACGAACGAGAUUGGCUUUCCUCAACGCACAAGCUGCCGUCGAGGCUCUACCACAAGUCAUCGACAUUAUGGGCGAAGAGCUCAAGUGGAACAAGACAAGAAGAGAGCGAGAAUGGAAGGAUACUAUGUCAUUCUUGGUCUCUAUGGGUCUGCCAAAGUCUAAGCAGGUCUUGACAAGGAAGGAGGUUGAGGAAGGAAAGGUCGGAAAGUAUGAAGAUGAGGAGUAUCAUCUUUAUGCUAGACAUGACAAACCCAGCGAAAUUCUCGAUUCGGAUGUGCAAAUGAACUCGGGUAACAACCCGACAAUCGGAAAGGACUCUCCAGCGAACGCCUAAAUCAAAUGGCAGCUGAGAGGGAUUUCUAAGGAUGUGGAAAAAAAUGCAAUCAGAACCAGAUAGAAAGAUUUUCAUGAUGAACGUCGCGCGGAAAAAAGUCCUCGUGCGCAGUUGUUUGCAUUGCCUGAGGCGCGUUGCGGGACAUGUUUUGCGAUAUGUAUUUACAUUGUAUUAGAAGAGCGUCGAUAUGGC